CGCAUGUAUCCGAUCCCAAUCGGCUUAAAUCUCAAAUCGACAAAAAAAAAAAUACAAAAACAUAAGAAAAAUAAAAUUGAGAAUCUGCACACAAAAAAAACACAACCAAAAAGAAAAGUUUCAAAGCUUUUAAGAGCUUAAAUUUUGUUCUGAUGCUCUGAAGUUUUAAAUCUUCGUAUGAACUUAUAAGAAAGCGUUUGUUUCUUUUCUCUUAGCAGAAUGGUUUCUAUUUCAAAAUCAUUAUUUUGUUUCCCGUGCUCAUAUCUUUUUACCCUUUUAGAGUAGAGCAAUACAGAGAUUCGUUGGUUUUUGUUGAAGAACUCUGUUUCAUUUUAACCAAAAAAAAAAAAGAAAAGAAAAUUAAGUUUUUCUCUUUUUUUUUUUUCCUUCUGGAAACCAUGAAGGCUCCAUCAAAUGGAUUUCAUCCCAGUUCCAACGAAGGAGAGAAGAAAGCAAUCAAUUCCCAGCUAUGGCACGCUUGUGCAGGGCCUUUGGUUUCACUGCCUCCUGUAGGAAGUCUUGUGGUUUACUUCCCUCAAGGACAUAGUGAGCAAGUUGCAGCAUCGAUGCAGAAGCAAACCGAUUUUAUACCAAAUUACCCAAAUCUUCCUUCUAAGCUGAUUUGCUUGCUUCACAGUGUUACAUUACAUGCUGAUACCGAGACCGAUGAAGUCUAUGCACAAAUGACUCUUCAACCUGUGAAUAAGUACGACAGAGAAGCAUUGCUAGCUUCUGAUAUGGGUCUGAAGCUAAACAGACAGCCUACUGAGUUUUUCUGCAAGACUCUUACAGCGAGCGACACGAGCACUCACGGUGGAUUCUCUGUACCACGGCGUGCAGCCGAGAAAAUAUUCCCUCCUCUUGACUUCUCGAUGCAACCCCCUGCACAAGAGAUUGUAGCAAAAGAUUUACAUGAUACCACAUGGACUUUCAGACAUAUCUACAGAGGCCAACCAAAAAGACACUUGCUUACCACAGGUUGGAGCGUUUUCGUUAGCACAAAGAGACUAUUCGCCGGUGAUUCGGUUUUGUUCGUAAGAGACGAGAAAUCACAGCUGAUGUUGGGUAUAAGACGUGCAAAUAGACAAACACCGACUCUUUCCUCGUCGGUCAUAUCCAGCGACAGUAUGCACAUCGGGAUUCUUGCAGCUGCAGCUCAUGCAAACGCCAAUAGUAGCCCUUUCACCAUCUUCUUCAAUCCAAGGGCAAGCCCUUCAGAGUUUGUAGUCCCACUAGCCAAAUACAACAAAGCGUUGUACGCUCAAGUAUCUCUCGGGAUGAGAUUCCGGAUGAUGUUUGAGACCGAGGACUGUGGGGUUCGUAGAUACAUGGGUACAGUCACCGGUAUUAGUGAUCUUGACCCUGUUAGAUGGAAAGGCUCGCAAUGGCGUAAUCUUCAGGUAGGAUGGGAUGAAUCAACAGCCGGAGAUAGGCCAAGCCGAGUAUCCAUAUGGGAAAUCGAACCGGUCAUAACUCCUUUCUACAUAUGCCCUCCUCCGUUUUUCAGACCGAAGUACCCGAGGCAACCGGGGAUGCCAGAUGAUGAGCUGGACAUAGAAAACGCUUUCAAAAGAGCGAUGCCUUGGAUGGGAGAAGAGUUUGGAAUGAAAGACGCACAGAGUUCGAUGUUUCCAGGUUUGAGCCUGGUUCAGUGGAUGAGUAUGCAGCAGAACAGUCCAUUGUCCUCUGGCGCUGCUGCUACUCAGCUUCCCUCCGCGCUCUCGUCUUACAACCUACCGAACAACUUCGCUUCCAACGACCCUCCAAAGCUGUUGAACUUCCAAUCCCCAAACCUCUCUCCCGCCAACUCCCAGUUCAACAAACCGAACUCGGCUCAGAUUCCGCAGCAGUCGAUGAUGCACUCUAAUGGUGCUAAGAUGAGCCACCAGAACAUAGUUCCCGCCGGGAAUAAGAGCUUGUCUCAAAUGACUCCGUUUGCGCAAGAACUGCAGUUUCAGCAGCAACUGGAACUGCACAACACUUCCACUUUCAUGCAGCCACCACAGAUUCAGGUGAGUCCUCAGCAACAAGGACAGAUGAAUAAUAAUAAUAAUAAACCACUAGUAGCCUCCGGGAGAUCACAUUCUGGUCACACAGACGGAGAACCUCCUUCUUGUUCAACCUCGCCUUCCGCCAAUAACACAGGACAUGACAAUGUUUCACCGACGAAUUUCCUGAGCAGAAGCCAACAACAAGGAGAAGCAGUAUCCGACUCGGUAUUCGAGCGUGCAAGCAAUCCAGCGCAAGAGCUUUACACGAAAACCGACAGCCGGAACAACCAAGGAGGAGGCAUGGUGAAUCUUAAGAGUGCUGCUGAACAGUUCAAGUUUAAAGGAGCGGUAACGGAUCAGAUCGAUGUAUCCACAGCGGGAACGAUGUAUGGCCCUGAUGUUGUUGGCACUGCACAGCAGCAGCAGCAACAGACUUUCCCGUUGCCAUCAUUCGGUUUCGAUGGAGACGGCCAGUCUCAUCAUCCGAGAAACAACUUGGCUUUCGCCGGCAACCUCGAAGCCGUAACUUCUGAUGCUCUCUAUUCUCAAAAGGACUUCCAUAACUUGGUUCCAAACUAUGGCAACGCGCCAAGAGACAUCGAGACCGAGCUUUCAAGUGCUGCCAUCAGUUCUCAGUCGUUUGGGAUUCCCAGCAUUCCUUUCAAGUCCGGAGGUUCAAAUGAGAUCGGUGGCAUCAAUGAUUCAGGUAUCAUGAAUGGUGGUGGACUCUGGCCCAAUCAGACUCAACGAAUGCGAACAUAUACAAAGGUUCAAAAACGAGGGUCAGUAGGAAGAUCAAUAGAUGUUACGCGUUAUAGCGGCUACGAUGAACUCAGGCAUGACUUGGCAAGAAUGUUUGGCAUAGAAGGACAGCUCGAAGAUCCACAAACCUCUGAUUGGAAACUCGUAUACACUGAUCACGAAAACGAUAUAUUGCUCGUUGGUGAUGAUCCUUGGGAGGAGUUUGUGAACUGCGUACAAAACAUAAAGAUACUAUCAUCAGCAGAAGUCCAACAAAUGAGCUUAGACGGAGAUCUUGCAGCUAUCCCAACAACAAACCAAGCCUGCAGCGAAACAGACAGCGGAAAUGCCUGGAAAGUACACUAUGAAGACACUUCCGCUGCAGCUUCAUUCAACAGAUAGAAGACAAAAGAUGCAAAUACACUAAAAUCAACUUAAAAGUACAGCGUUUUUUUUCGUGUACUGCAAACAACAAACUGAGAAGAAGAAGAAGAAGAUACUGCAAGGUAUAUAUACGUUUUUAUAGGACAGUGAUUUAAUUUUUCAUUCUAACUUGAUGUUGUUGCAUUUUCUUGUUUCCAUAAUUUCUAUAUAACCAUGUGAACAACAACAAAAAGAGGACACGUCAGUCUGUCACGAGUGUCCCUAAACAGAUACCAGAAUGUAAUGUAACUAAAACAAUCAUAUUUCAGUAAUUACAAUCUUUGUUCCUCUCUUC